AUGUACCACCAAAAGCCGUUGGUCCCUGCUAUGGGCAACCUUAGCAUGUUCCCACCAGAGAUUAUCUUCAAUAUUCUGGACGAGCUUUUGGGCAGCUCUCCCAGAUUGACACACGAAAACUUUCAUGCCAUUAACCAGUUUAUGAAAACUAACAAGACAAUAGAACGAUACAUCAAACUUGGAUGGAUGGGUAGCAAUGCGUCAAACAGUUUCAAACAGCAUGUGAAUGCCGUCCAGUGGUACCCAAACAUCGAUAUUGCGAAUACAGCUCUAAUCCUCCAGGGCGUAAAUCCCGCUCGCAUCAUGCCCAUCGAAGGUGCCCGUGGCCUAGGUCCCGAUCUCAUCACCGGUAUCAUUUUCGACGACUGCACCCAUUGCUUCGAGUGGUUUUCCGACAUCCUGCCUCCUACUCAUAUGAGCUGCUGCAACGAGGGUGGUUGGUCAUUCCUUUCUCUGGCACUGCAUGCUAAAGCUGAGAAGCUACUUGAUAGUUUCUUCCUCUCGGGCUUUCCUUACGAACCGAAGGAUUUCAUCACCGGUAGUGGUAAUGCGAUGGGGACAGGACCGUCAAUCCUUGGGCUUUCUGCCUCGUCUAGAGAUCAUCGGUCAUUUGCCAUUCUUUUCAAGAAACUGAAGGAGGUCUUGAACGGGAAUGGCUUCAAGAGGACUCUUAGAGAUAAACUCACGGGUGAGGAGCGAGCGGCUAUCCGAAGUGUUGCUCCUCAGUAUCUCCAAAAGAUGUUGUAUGAAGCUGGUCUGGUUGUUAUGCAUCCGUCUCUUCGUUAUAGUCCAUACUACUCCGGUAAGCGCACCCAGAUGUACUAA